CGUCGAAGCGGCCGCCGUGUCCAUGGAGAGAGGCUGAGGCUGCCCAGAGGCUCCGGCCCGAGCGAGGCUGCGGGCGGGCGGGCUGGCGGGCGGGCGCCGCGACGUGGCCAUGUCGGCGUCGUUGGUCCGCGCCACGGUGCGGGCCGUGAGCAAGAGGAAGCUGCAGCCCACGCGGGCGGCGCUCACGCUGACCCCCUCAGCUGUGAACAAGAUAAAACAGCUUCUCAAAGACAAGCCAGAGCACGUGGGUCUGAAAGUCGGUGUGCGAACCAGAGGCUGUAAUGGCCUCUCUUACACCCUGGAGUAUACAAAGACAAAAGGAGAUUCUGAUGAAGAAGUUAUUCAAGAUGGAGUCAGAGUGUUCAUCGAAAAGAAAGCACAGUUAACACUUUUAGGAACAGAAAUGGACUAUGUGGAAGACAAACUAUCCAGUGAGUUUGUUUUCAAUAACCCCAACAUCAAAGGAACUUGUGGCUGUGGUGAAAGCUUCAACAUUUGAAACCUCAGGACUCCAAGCUCCAGGAGAGCCGGGAUCUACCUGGGAGCUUUCUGAAGAAAUCAUGUGAUUGUCGCGUGCUCAGAGUUUAUAAUGUGUGGCCAUCUCAAGGGGAAAAAUAAAGUGAUGCAUUUUGGAAAUCACGCCAGUGUGCUAAGAGUCCCAAAAACUUGAUAUCUAUAUCUGAGAGACCAUUGGUUUCUUUGGGCCGUUCUUCUGUUCUAUACAGAAAACUCCUGCCUUGCUCUCAACACUGCAGUGGGCUUUGUGGCCACAGACAACAGAUAUGCACCCAUAGAUCCAGGCGGGGCAACUGUGGGUGACAGCGUAGUGGUACCUCAUUCCCCUCUCACAUUUGCCAUGGCCUUUUAUAUUUUUAUUAGAAACAUGGUUAUCAGAUGCCUCGUUUGCCUGCCCCUCAGCAGUUCCAGGCGUCUGAGUGAUGGUGUCAGAAGGGGAGAGCUGCCCGGCCUGUCUCAGUCUGUCCUCUAGGAUGUGCUUGGAGAUGAUUUGCUUAGACUUUCAGUUGGAGGCUGUCGUGACCAGCAGCCAGCUAGCUCACUGCGCUUCACCCUGUGCGUGUGGAGACAAUCUGAGCACAAGUUAGAAGAGCUAGACAGCACCCAGCUCUCCUUCCUUUCUGCACAGGUGACGCCCAUGCUGCGUGAGACACUCGGGGGUGAGUGGUGGGUGGCCUGGGCAGCAUUGUCAUUAGACUUUAUUUUAUGGAGAUUGUAUUAGUUUUCUGUUGAAUGGAGAAGCCUCAUUUAAACCCUUUGUAUGAAUUGUUUGUUUAGAACUUUAAAACAGUAGUUUCUUACAGAGAUCCCACAGGACCUACAGAGCAGAGCAUGGAAGUGUGGUCUUAGAGUUCCCAAUAUGCGUAUACUCUCUGGUUCCUAAAUGAAAGAGCUGAAUUUUUAGUAUUUUUAUCAUCCAUCUUUCGAGGUGUGGUUUUGCUGUAGUACAGGCCAGCCUCACUCUCAGCCCUCCCGCUUCAGCUUUGAGACAUGCCAAGCUUUUCUUCAGAGCGGUCUUGACUUGUGUUGACAUCUUAAGUGACCUGUGAUUUUCAUGAAGUAGCUGGGUUAAUAUUUGCGCUAUUUACUAAAGUACCUACCACAAAAUACACCGUGUUGAUAAGUCUGUAUCAUAAACAGAAUUGUAGAAUUGUUGGUACAUCUUUAAUUUGUGCAAUAUUGUAUGUAGCAAUUGAGUAUCAAUUAAAAAACACCUCUUUGUGA